AUGGCGUUCAAAUUUGUUUUGUUGGCUACUCUGGUAGCUGCCGCUAGCGCUGGUCUGCUCCCCGUGGCUCACCACGGAUCGAUCGCUACAUCGCACUCCACCAUCCAGCAUCAUGCUGCCCCAGCUGUCCACCAUGUCGGAUCCAUCCAUGCCGCCCCGGCUAUCUACCAGCACUCCGCUCCGACCAUCGUCAAGACCAUCGCUCAACCCACGAUCAUCAAGUCCGUAGAGCACCAUGCCCCGGCUAACUACGAGUUCUCGUACUCCGUGCACGAUGAGCAUACCGGAGACAUCAAGAGCCAGCAUGAGACCCGCCACGGAGAUGAAGUGCACGGACAGUACUCGUUGUUGGACUCCGAUGGCCACCACCGCGUAGUCGACUACCAUGCCGAUCAUCACUCCGGAUUCAACGCCGUUGUGCGUCGUGAACCGUCGGCAGUGAAGAUCGCCCAGCCAGUCCACAAGGUGAUCGCUCAGCCCGUGCACGUGUCCAGCUAUGCCCAUGCUCCAGUAGCCCACGCUACCGUCCAGCACCACCAUGCUGCUCCGAUCGCGCAUUAUUCCGCCCCGAUCGCGCACCAUGCAGCCCCGAUCGCGCAUCAUGUUGCACCGAUCGCGCACUACUCCGCCCCGAUCGCUCACCACGCUGCUCCGAUCGCGCACUCCACCUCCAGCAUCUAUAAAAGGCGUUGCUUACCAUACAGCAAGACACAAUCACACAGAACUUCAGUCAGUAAACAAUCCAGCUCCCCAAUAAUGGCGUUCAAAUUUGUUUUGUUGGCUACUCUGGUAGCUGCCGCUAGCGCUGGUCUGCUCCCCGUGGCUCACCACGGAUCGAUCGCUACAUCGCACUCCACCAUCCAGCAUCAUGCUGCCCCAGCUGUCCACCAUGUCGGAUCCAUCCAUGCCGCCCCGGCUAUCUACCAGCACUCCGCUCCGACCAUCGUCAAGACCAUCGCUCAACCCACGAUCAUCAAGUCCGUAGAGCACCAUGCCCCGGCUAACUACGAGUUCUCGUACUCCGUGCACGAUGAGCAUACCGGAGACAUCAAGAGCCAGCAUGAGACCCGCCACGGAGAUGAAGUGCACGGACAGUACUCGUUGUUGGACUCCGAUGGCCACCACCGCGUCGUCGACUACCAUGCCGAUCAUCACUCCGGAUUCAACGCCGUUGUGCGUCGUGAACCGUCGGCAGUGAAGAUCGCCCAGCCAGUCCACAAGGUGAUCGCUCAGCCCGUGCACGUGUCCAGCUAUGCCCAUGCUCCAGUAGCACACGCUACCGUCCAGCACCACCAUGCUGCUCCGAUCGCGCACUACUCCGCCCCGAUCGCGCACCAUGCAGCCCCGAUCGCGCAUCAUGUUGCUCCGAUCGCGCACUACUCCGCCCCGAUCGCUCACCACGCUGCUCCGAUCGCGCACUCCACCUCCAGCAUCGUUCAUGGACAGAGCCAUCUGAGCCAUCACCAUUACUAA